UUGUCUUGUUCGCCUGCCUGGUCAGCUUCGUCUUGCUCAUGUCCUUCUUCGCCGUGCCGAACCGAUCGAAAGCCAAGAAUGCCACUCAAGCGGCGAUGCAGAAGUCGGCGCCUGGUGCUGACCCCAGGGUAGCGCAGGGCAGUGUAUCUUCGCAGACCGAACAACGUACCACGCUCCCAGGAAAUGUGAUACCCGUGCACUAUGAUUUAGACCUCAACGUCAGCAGUAUCGAGGUGGGAGGCACGUACCGUGGUAGAGUGAACGUAGUUAUCGACUGCGUCGAGAAAGGCUCCACUACCAUCACAGCGCAUGCCGCGAACGUCACCGUUCAAGAAGCCAACAUCAGCACGUACUCGGGCAACCAGAAGAUUAGCAACGUGGUUAUCAAUCAGCGCUCAUCGCAGCCCGAUCUUGUCGACAUGGUUGUGUUUGAUUUGGGCUUCGAACUGGUCCAAGGCACUGUGUACAACCUCACGGCCACUUUUAGCGGGACUUAUCGUGCGGACUACGCGGGUCUGGUUGUCAGAAACUACAGCGGAGAAGGUGGGAUGGUGACUAAGAUCAUGACAGCCCAUUUGUGGAACGGAAACGCCAGGUACGCCUUUCCCUGCUUCGAUGACCCGGCUCUGAAGGCCACUUUCAACCUGACUCUCGUGCGCGACAAAGACUACGAAACCCUUUCUACUUGGGACUUGAAGAACACCACAAUAUUGCUGGGAAACGAGCGUAUGGAUUGCUUUGAAAUGUCGGUACCCAUCACGCCAUCCCAGCUUGUCUUCGCUGUUUUCACAGGGCUUGAAAUGAUAAAUGACGGCUACUCGAAAUUGUUCGCCAUUCGUUACGACCUGCCUUACCUUGACAUGGCUCUCAAGUCUUUCGUCAAGAUGUUUGACUACAUGGGUCAAUUGUUGAGUGUGCCCUUGCCGUUUCGAAAAGUGCACAUCAUCGCCAUUCCCGAUGCAAAGGAAAGCGUCUCUCCAAACUGGGGACUGGUAAUUCUCGGUGCGCCCACCGUAGCCUACGACGAAGAGUCCUUGAACACACAGAGGCGUGAGUCUAUCCUCACGAAGCUCGCCCAUGUCGUUGCGCAUCAGUGGUUUGGAAAUCUUGUCUCUUCGCGGCAAUGGGACGAUGUCUGGCUUUUCGAAGGACUUGCUUUCGUCUUCCAACGAAUAUUGCUUCGUGACAUCUUCCAAGCUAAAAUAUCCGACAGUCAUUUCGCCAGAAGGGUCGCCGAUGUGUUGCGCGCAGAGGACAUGAAAAAGAGACUAUCGAGGCCUCGCAGGUGGCUGCCCGGAAUUUGCGAUCAUCCGCUCCUGUUGAGGUCAGAAAUGAUCAUGGACGUCGUCUUCCAAAGCUUAACAACAGAGGACUUCGUCAAAUCCGUUGCCGCCUUUCUCAAUAGAACUCGCUACAGAGCAGCAAGUGUAAAGGACCUGCUACUCGCCUUCCGGCUUCAGAAUGGUUCGUCGGAUGUCGCGGACAAGAUGGAAACGUGGAUUAACAACAUCGGCUAUCCACUAGUCACAAUUAAGAAGUACGCUCACCGACCUGGUUUCAAGAGGCUGUCACAAGUGUCAGUAUGCUACGGUGGCGUCAAGUGUUUCAACCAGUCAUGGCAGCUGCCGCUGCACUACGUCGUUUACAAACGCACGGGUGAAAUCACCGAAGGUACACUGUGGUUGCUCCAGUCCGAACUAAACUUCUUCUUGAAGGCUAUAGAUGAUGACAUUGUCCUCUUUAACAAGAAAGGCCUCGGAUACUACAGGGUCAAUUAUGAACAAGCUGAGUGGACUUCAAUCAUCAAGGCGCUCCAUAAUGCUACACUGUUCGACUCUGGCACAAAACUUCGCCUUCUAGACGACAUCUUCAAGCUAGCUGACGCCGGAGUGACGCCGUAUGCCAACUUCUUCGCUGCGGCGUUGCACGUCAAAAACGAGAAGGACCAAAACGUGUGGGCAGCAUACGGGGACAUUGCUUCAUACCUGGACACCCUGCUUCUUCAAAGCGAGUUCGAGGAUUCGUGGCGCUCUUACAAUCACAGGCUUCUCGAAGACGUGGUUGGCGACAUUAUGAAGGGCAACAACAGCGCAUACUCUAAAGCAUUUCAGAGGCAGAUCAUGGAACGAGCCUGUUGGUACGCCGAACCACAGUGUCUUCUGCUGGCGCGAGAUGUGCUCAACGGUUAUAUGACUGGCCAGAGGAAGACGGUCAUUGGAGCUCCGCUGCCAGACGGGAAACUUCUGUGUGCCGCGAUAUUGCAUGGUUCUGUGGAACUGUGGGACAUGCUGUGGUCCAAGCUGUUCUCUGCUGCCAGCCUGGAACACACAGCUGUUCCACUGGACGCUGUGCUUCACGGGCUUAGUUGCACUUCGGAUCGCAACCGAUUAUGGAAACUUCUCAAUGAGACAACAGUGUCAUCUCUGCUCAAAGACCACCGUACCUUCGUGAUGCACAAUGUCGCGGCUUCCAAGACCUCCAGUGAGGUGAUGAUGGAGUUCCUCCUGUCCAAGUGGCAAGAGGCUGGGAAGAACAACACUGCUAGCAUUGAUAAAAACGUUCGUGACGCGCUGUUCGGAAUGGUGUCCCGAAAUGCCAAAACAACACACGAGGUCAGCCUGCUCACUGCCGCCCUGGCGACUACAACAAACAACCGGCUCUUGUCAGAAGCGUUCACGCUUGCCGUUGAACAGCGAAAGCAUUACACAUCCUGGCACCGGGACCAUGAUUCAGAGCUUGUGAAAGCCUUCGCUGCCUAAGACACUUGUUACGAGCGUGAGUUUGAGUGCGCGUGUGCUGGCGUGUUUGUAUGUGGGUGUGUGUGUUUUGUUGAGUUACCUGGUGGCGAAAGCUUACAUCGCAAUUCAAAACAAAGAUCGUUUAUGUAACCUCAGUAGCUGUUCAAAAGAACAAAGCAGUGACUCAUACCCAAACUUUCGCCCUCGAAUAAAUAGUCCAUGACUA